UUGAGAAAUCUGUUCUGAAUACUGCCUCAUACCGCUGAGUUAUCCAUUCAUAUACAGAACGCUGUGUGCAUGCCAGGCUAGGACUCUGCAGCCAAGCUUUUCAGAUGGGUGUUUGCUUUCUGAAAGGAAGAUAAAGGUUGUGCUGAUGAGACAGAUGGCAAAUACCCAAAUCCUAGGGUCAUUCAGUGUUUGUGCUGACAUGGCCUGCAGGAAAUACUCCACGGUCCUACACUCCUGACAGUACUGAUUUUCUGCACUCUUAUGGGCAUACCAGCGUGGCCGAAAAAGCGGGUUAAUCUUCGAAGCCAGCAUGUCUGACAAAAGUGACUUAAAAGCUGAGCUAGAGCGCAAGAAACAGCGCUUAGCACAGAUAAGAGAAGAGAAGAAACGGAAGGAAGAGGAGAGGAAAAAGAAAGAAGCUGAUAUGCAGCAGAAGAAAGAGCCAGUUCAGGAUGACUCUGACCUGGAUCGCAAACGCCGAGAGACGGAGGCUCUACUGCAAAGCAUCGGGAUAUCGCCUGAGCCCCCUCUAGUGCAGUCGCUGCAUUUUUUAACAUGGGAUACCUGUUAUUUUCAUUAUUUAGUCCCAACCCCUAUGUCUCCCUCCUCGAAAUCAGUGAGCACUCCCAGUGAAGCUGGAAGCCAAGACUCAGGUGACCUGGGACCAUUAACAAGGACCCUGCAGUGGGACACAGACCCCUCAGUGCUCCAGCUGCAGUCAGACUCAGAACUUGGACGAAGAUUGCAUAAGCUGGGCGUGUCAAAGGUUACCCAAGUGGAUUUCCUGCCCAGGGAAGUCGUGUCCUACUCCAAGGAGACCCAGACUCCUCUGGCUACGCAUCAGUCUGAAGAGGAUGAGGAAGAUGAGGAAAUGGUGGAACCUAAAGUUGGCCAGGAUUCAGAACUGGAAAAUCAAGACAAAAAACAGGAGGUGAAGGAAGCCCCUCCAAGGGAGCUGACAGAAGAGGAAAAACAGCAGAUCCUUCAUUCAGAGGAAUUUCUCAUUUUUUUUGAUCGGACAAUACGGGUAAUUGAAAGAGCACUGGCCGAAGACUCUGAUAUCUUCUUUGACUAUAGCGGUCGAGAGUUAGAGGAGAAAGAUGGGGAUGUCCAGGCUGGAGCCAACCUUUCUUUCAAUCGUCAAUUCUAUGAUGAGCAUUGGUCCAAGCAUCGAGUAGUCACUUGUAUGGACUGGUCUCUCCAGUACCCUGAGCUGAUGGUUGCUUCCUACAACAACAAUGAAGAUGCUCCCCAUGAACCAGAUGGCGUGGCCUUGGUUUGGAACAUGAAGUUUAAGAAAACCACACCAGAAUAUGUCUUCCACUGUCAGUCCUCCGUGAUGUCGGUCUGCUUCGCUCGUUUCCAUCCCAACUUGGUAGUUGGCGGGACUUACUCGGGCCAGAUCGUCCUGUGGGAUAAUCGCAGCCAUCGGAGGACACCAGUGCAGCGGACACCCUUGUCAGCUGCUGCACACACGCAUCCCGUGUACUGUGUCAAUGUUGUUGGGACCCAGAAUGCUCAUAACCUCAUCACUGUCUCUACUGAUGGUAAAAUGUGUUCCUGGAGCCUGGACAUGCUCUCCACUCCACAGGAGAGCAUGGAGCUGGUGUACAAUAAGUCCAAGCCUGUGGCUGUUACCGGAAUGGCUUUCCCAACGGGAGACGUCAAUAACUUCGUGGUUGGCAGUGAGGAGGGCACAGUCUACACAGCCUGUCGUCAUGGAAGCAAAGCAGGCAUCGGGGAAGUCUUCGAAGGUCACCAAGGACCAGUGACAGGAAUUAACUGCCACAUGGCAGUGGGCCCGAUCGACUUUUCACACCUUUUUGUCACGUCAUCAUUUGACUGGACAGUCAAACUGUGGACAACAAAGCACAACAAGCCGCUCUACUCCUUUGAAGACAAUGCAGACUAUGUGUACGAUGUCAUGUGGUCCCCCGUGCAUCCUGCGCUCUUUGCCUGCGUGGACGGGAUGGGACGCUUGGACCUCUGGAACCUCAACAAUGACACCGAGGUUCCAACAGCAAGUGUGGCCAUUGAGGGGGCGUCUGCCCUAAAUCGUGUUCGUUGGGCUCAAGCUGGCAAAGAAGUUGCCGUUGGGGACUCAGAAGGCCGUAUUUGGAUCUACGACGUUGGAGAGCUCGCAGUUCCCCACAAUGAUGAGUGGACCCGAUUUGCCAGGACCCUCGUGGAGAUCCGCGCCAACAGAGCUGAUAGCGAGGAGGAAGGCACUGUUGAGUUAACCGCCUAGUGGAAAUGAACUGCCCCCACCUUGACCUUCUCAAACUCGGCCUCUGCAGUCGUCAAGUCCACUUGUAUUAAGUGUCCAUUCAGUAUCAGUAUUGCCAUGACCUUGGGGUGCCAUGUUGUACCUGCUUUGCUCCAAGUAUUCCAAAUGUAUCCCACCCUACUGUCCACUGACCUGAAAUUCACCAGACCAUUUCUACCUUUAUAUUUCUGUCUCAAAAAUGGGGGUGGGGGUGGAGCCUUUAUGGGUUUAGUUGUUGCCUUUUAACUACUUAGUAGCUGUAUUUAAUAGCUGGAAACCUCUGGUUAAAUUUGUGCUUACAUGCACUUCUGGCAUAGUCCUAUUAAAUCCAUAUGAAGCCAGAUAUGAUUAGGUGCAGAUGUGGUGUACUUCAUGAUAUGGGACAGGGCCAGAGACUUGAGAUGUGGUGUUUUACAUGGUGGUGACUCACAUUAUGAAUGGAUUUACUAGAAGAACAUUGCUGCUCCUUAUUUAUUGUGGUGUGCUGCAUGGAACAUAUUUAUUUGAAAGCAUUAAAAUAAACGAUCCUAGAGCAUGUGCAUAAUGAGAGGACCGCAUUGUCUCUCUGUUGCUGUUGAGGUUACAUUAAGUUCCAAAUAACAAUUACAGUAUGCCAGUUCCACUGAGGACAUGAAAUCUUUAGAGGUUUGUUGCAAUGAAUGGAAUGAAUUUUAAUGCCUAUUACUUCCAGGUACUUUAACAAUAUUUCAAAUAUAGUUGACCAUUGAUACUUGUCAUUCAAGCUAACCCACUGUGACAAAAGUCUGUGGUUCCUAAAUAUGAUACCAGUAUUGCCAAUAAAAUGUUCCAAAUCAA